GAAGCUGCACAAUUAACAUGAAGCAAAAUUAGGAUUCAACCAGUGUGUAGAAGAUUGGGGUUAAUUUGCAGAAAUUCAGCUCCAGUGAAGAGAUCCGUCGCCGGUGAGAAAUGUCGGAUUAUUUGCCUCAAGAAUUAUUGGUUGAUAUCUUCACAAAACUACCAGUCAAAUCAAUCCUCCGAUGCAGAAGUGUUUGCAAGUCAUGGUAUUCUCUUCUUACUAGCCCUAGCUUUACCUUCACACAUCUCAAUCGAAAACGAGAUGAUCAUAUGCUGAUUAGGAAUUAUGGUAGAAGCACUCGAUUAGAUAUGUAUCCUUUGUUUGGUAACAAUGAGAGGUUGGAUCCCGACCAUUUCUUAGAUUUUUCAUUUCGUAGAGGUUCCGUUAGUAUAGUGGGUAGUGUUAAUGGUAUUUUGUGCCUCGCCGACACCGACACCGACGCCGACACCGACACCGACGCCGACGCCGAUACCGAUGCCGACGCCGACUCCGCCAUCUUGACCCAUUUAUAUUUUUGUAACCUAUCCAUCAGAAAGUCGGUAAAACUCCCUGAACCAGUUCGUAGUACCUAUCGUUUCACACUGGGGUUUGGGUUUGAUUCGGUUACUAAUGACUACAAGGUGGUAAGAGUAGUACACGCUAUGGGACAAUCAAAGCCACAUGCUGAUCUUUAUAAGUUAAGUACUGGUGUUUGGGAAGACAUUUCCAAUGUCCCUGAGCCUUACAUAUUAAUUUCCAUUGAGCCACAGGGCCCACAGGUGUAUGUGAACGGCGCUUGUCAUUGGAUUACUACUAAAUUGGAGUUUACACCAGCUCGGAGGAAUCGGAGGGUGAUUCUUGUGUUCAACAUGCAUGAUGAGACAUUCUCAGAUAUGAUAUUGCCGAGUAGUUUAAUCAGUGAGUCACAAACACAUUUUGAUGAAGUCUUCCUUUUUGCGUCAGAGGGAUGUCUUUGUUUGGUUGAUAAUAACUAUGACAAACGUGAACCUAUUAAGAUUUGGAUGAUGAAAGAGUAUGGUGUGCCAGACUCAUGGGAGAAACAGUUCAGCAUCCAAAAUUAUCACUUUGCACUACAUUUUCCUCUUCGUGAAGAUAUCUUUUGGACACCUUACCUUGGAACGGCUGCUCCAACUGAGUUUGAGUUUGCUAAUGACUUUAUUAAGCCAAUGGCUAUAAGGAAAAAUGGUGAAAUCUUAUGGAAAGGUAGCCAAAGAUUAUUGGUUUCUGUUGAUCACACAAUUGGUAGGUUUACAGAUAUUGACAUUGGUAACUCAUCAAAUGAUUGGUGUUACAAUCCACGCUAUGUUAAUUUUUACAAAGAGAGCCUUGUUUUACCUGAUAGAUGGACAAAUAAUUGUGUUGGAGAUGCUUGUGAGGAGUCAUCCGAUUUAUGGAAGAGAGACCCCAAAGAUGGGAAAAAAAGGAUCUCAAGGGCAAAAUCUAAUAUAGAGAGCGGAGUGCAUCUCUUUCUCACAUGAGUGGAUUGCGGAAGAAAGAAAGGAAGAGUAGUUGGACUUGAAGUCCUUUAGCUCAGGUUCAGGCUGGCAUUGAAGACCUCUUUGAUGUAUUGUGUAAGGUCAAAGUUUCCAUGAGCCAGAAGUGUAUGGCACAUUUAAUUCUCUAGGUUAAUGAGCUUCCCUUGUUUCCUGCUUUUGACAAAGGAAAUCCUCACUCCAUCUAUGAGAAAGGCAAGUUACUGUAAGUUGUCAUAGCUUUUGCGGAAUCUACAAAAUUCAUUAAUACUCAUUGGAAAAUAUUUUUGUGUAAGGUUCAACAUCAGGUCUCAAGUCUUGUAACAAAAACUUGCUGUACAGCUAAUUUAGCCACUGUCAUUCAUUAUUAAAGGUUUCUGCCCUUGUUUUGAAAUUACAGAAUUCUGAAAGAGUGACCAUUGGAUCUAACCAUAAGCUAAACUAUAGUUCCCGUGACAUACGACUAUUGUUGAACAAGUGACAUUCCAUCAACGACAACCGCUUGUUCAGCAAUGAUUCUGCUGCCAAGGGAACUUUGGUUUGCACUGGCGCAACACUUCUGUUAAGGUAUGUGAGCCUGUGCUGCUUAUUCUAAUGUGUGUGGGUUUUCCCUGUCGGAGGAGAGGUACAUUAUUAAAAGAUAAUUUUUUUUGGUCCUUCUACUUGUAGACGACAUAUAAUUAUUAACUUGAUUUACAACCAAGGGUAAUAUUGGUAUUUCCUUUUGACAUUUUUCUUUGCUUAUUUCUGUUCUCUCCAUUAGCCACCACAAAAAUUUUAUUCCACUGAUUUUGCCUUUCAUGCCUGCACUCGGAACAUUUUUGCUCCAAACAGGGAAGAGCUUUCUUACUCUUUCCUGUUUGUUUGUUAUAACCACAAAUAAAACAAACACAAAUUUACAGGGGUCACCCACUGAAUUUAGUAGAAAAGAGAUCUAAAACAUAAUGGAAGCAUGUCUGUCAAUUUCCAAACUUUUUCUUCUUCGUUUGUCCAUUUUUAAUUGCAGUUACAAUUUUCAAGUCAGCUACUUUAGUUUUUGAUCAAAUCUGGCUUAAUCUUCUCAAGGUUGUUUCUUCCAAUUUUCCAGGUUAGCUACUUCUUCAAUUCUCCGUCUAACAUUUUUUUUUUGAAUGUUGUCUGAUCCGUGUCUAUCUAUUUUGGGAGAGCUAGCUCAGAUACGAGGGAAACAUUCCUAUAUUCCUUACUGCCAUCUUUAUAUGUAAAAGGAUAUCUUUCUUGACGUUUGGUUAUGAUAAAUAUAUUUCUCUAAGUUCUUUUGUUGCAAUUUUUGCAUUGAAAUCAAUCUUCUCUUAGGAGUUGGAAUUGGAAGUGACCAAGCAUAUGCGACUCAUACCCUAUCGCUCUGCUAAGUAGGGCUCUUAACAAAAGGAAGGUAAAAUCGAUAUUGGUUGUCAAUUAGAACAGCAAGUCCAAACUUUUAUUGUUUUAGGUAUAUUGGCUCCCUGACAGUACCACAGGAUGUUAUCUGGAAUAUUAAUAGAAAGGAAAUUAACUAUUAAGGCCAAUUUUUGUUAAUGAAAAUGAAAUAUGCAACCAUUUCCAUUUGAAGUAAAUUUUGCUUUUUAGUUUUACAGGUGAAAGCCAAAUGAAACUGAUCCCAGAUGCUGUUCAUGACGCGAGUUGCUGCCAAAUUUGUAAGUGUUUUUUUUCUACUUAUGAUUCAUCCAUUAUAGUAUUUUUCUGGACUUUUUUUUUUCUUCCUUUUGUUGUUUAUCACAGGAAUCUGGAACCAAUGGAAGACCAGCUCAGCCACUUAAACAGAAGUGAAAUGAUUUUGUAGCUAUAGUUUCAGAAAGCAUACCUUACACUCUUUAAAUCAUAUUGUCGCUAUUGCUGUUGAUCAUAUAGAAAUCUUUACAGACUUUUUAAGUUCUCUGUCUUUUUUUUUUUAAAGAGAUCUAUUAAAGGUUAUGUACUUCGAUUCAAAUUGUAAGAAGACAGGAGAUCUCAUAUCCUCGGAAAAAAAGUAUAUACCUUUUACUAAGGUUGGCAAUUGAUUA